AUGGUUUCAAUCUCCAAAAUUGCUUUCUCAAUUCCAAUGUUACUAAUUGUUUUUGUUGCUUUGCAGUUCACAAAUGGUCAAAUUCUUCCUCCGAUUUUUCCUCCAAUCAUUCCUCCGAUUGUUCCUCCAGUAGGCGGGGUCAUUUCUCCGGUUUUUCCUCCAAUCAUUCCUUCGAUUGUUCCUCAAGUAGGCGGGAUCAUUCCUCCAGUCAUUCCUCCGUUUGUUCCUCUGGUAGGCGGGGUCAUUCCUCCGAUUGUUCCUCCCGUAGGAGGGAUCAUUCCUCUGAUUGUUCCUCCAAUAGGCGGGGUCAUUCCUCCGAUUGUUCCUCCUGUAGGUGGUAUCAUUCCUCCGAUUGUUCCUCCAAUAGGCGGGAACACUCCUCCAAAUUCCUCCAUGUAG